CUCUCUCAAUUUUCUCUCUGGGGCUCUGGGCAGGGCAACCAGCGGGUGGGGAGGAGACUGACGGGGCGAGGCGGGAGAGGAGGUCCGGCAGCCGGCGACGCGGCGGCGGCGACGCGGGAGCAGGGGAGCAUUUUGCGACUGUUUUCUUCCGCUGAAUCUGGUAUUUGCGGCAAUGGCGUUGGUGGCGGCAGCAGCGGCGAAUCAGAAGCAGCAGAAGGCAUCGAUCGGGAGGCGAGCGUGGCGACUGCUGCGCCUGGCGGUGCUCUGGGUGAGGAAGGGCAGCGCGGUGCACAGCCUCUGCCUGUUCAGCAACCUGCGGCGCGCCGGCGUGGGCCUCGGCGUCGUCGGCGGCGGCGGCCGCAGCGAGCGCCUGCGGUACGGCGAGCCGGAGUACUCGAUCGAGGAGACGCCGUCGGCGCGGGUGCUCUGCCUCAUCCCCUGCAUCGCCCCUGCUGUACCGAACACGCCCGGGUUCUACGGCGACGAGGACCGCUACUUCUUCUGCCGCUGGGACACGGAGCCCGAGUGCAGCAGCGUCGGGUGCUACGACUACAUCGAGAACAACGUGCUCAAGACGGAGCAGAUUGUUCAGGUUAGACAUGGCGCUAGAGGGGAUGUGACCAUCUUGCCGACGCUGGUGAUCAACAAUGUGCAGUACAGUACCGGGAUUUGUUUUGCUACGACUACAAUGGUGAGCCGAGUGAGUGCGGCGGCGUGGAGGACGAGAGCUUCCCCGACGGCGCAAUGGACGAGCAGCUCCUCGAGCUGUCCAUGCCGACGCCCGCAUCCGCCCGGCGCUCCGCACGCUGAAGCAGAACCUUUCGCUGCUCCUCUCCGUGCUCGUCGACCGCGCGCAGCCGGCGGCGGAAAGCAUCGUGGCGCUCAUGGGCAAACGGCGGAGUAGCUCGUGGAGGAGCUGAGCAUCGCGUGCGAGUUGAACGGAGCGGCGAGCUCCGCCGGCCAGAGGAUGCCGGUGCCGGUGACGCGGCGGAUGCGGCGGCGGAGGAGGAGGAGCCGAGGAGGACGCCGACGACCACCGGGAGAAGCAGGGCACACACCGUCGAUGCGGCGAUGGAGGAGGAGGAGGAGGACGCUGGCCACCGUGCUCACCCGCCUGCCGCCACCGGCGCUCCGCGCCUCCGCUCCAUUCCGCUUCGCCGGCCGCUGCUCAGCACCGCUUGCCGCCGCCUGUUCCGUUCGUACCCCCCGCGGAGAAGAGAAAAAAGAAAGGGGAAAUACAGGGUGAUGACGUGGCACGCUGACAUGUGGGGUUCACAUGGGUCCCAUGCUGAUAUAGCCGUCACAUAUACCAAAACCGGUGUCAAAACCAUCAAAGAACUUCGGGUGAUCGGUUUUGUAUAGUUAAGGGACCCUGCAUAUUUGCGGUUUGAGAACGUUUUUUAUACCGCUAACAAGUGGAGGACCUUCGGUACAAUUUUUCCUAGUAGCCUUGUACGUAGAGCUGCUUCGAAAUAAGGCCGUGUCAGAAAAAAAAAUGCUAGUAUAUGCAGUGAUGGACUCCAGUCUACUGUUGUGGUCCAUGAAGUUUCGAGUACUAGGACACUGUUGCCCUCUGUGUUCUGUACCCUCUGCCACGGCUUCCAAACCGAGAUACACGGGCAUCACCCCACAAAGGCACAAAACAUACUGCACGGCUUGUGUAACAUGAUUUCUUA